CAUGAUUUUUGGUUUGUAGUUCAAAGAAGGUGCAGGGAACACGGGUGAGUUUGCCAAGCGAUUCUGUUUCAGCAUGUUUAAUAGGGACAGUAGAGGGAGGACAUACUCGAUCAAAGCCUGUGUAUGAUAUUCUCAAGGAAUUUUAGAUUGAAAUCUUUAAGCGUAAUGCUGCUGGACAGGAGUUAGCAAUCGCAUCUGGGCCCAGUGGAAUGGCCAUAUCGUUUUCGUUUUUAGCUAAAGAGACUCAACCAAUCAACGAUACAAUUAAUGACCAAUACAACUCAAACCUAAAGUCCACAUGUUUCAGUUGUGGACAGUUUAGAAACUCGUGCUGACUGCCUUAGCCAACAAAGCUAGCAUGGCUUCGAGGCGCACAGGGUUUGCUGGUAGCAUGGAUGCAUCCAUAAACAGCGCUAUGAGCCGAAAAACAAGUCUAACCAGCAUAUCUGACAGAACUGGGGCAGAGUCCUGUUUUGACAGAAAAUCAGAAAAACCUGCAUACGGCGCUACUCAGGGCAGUAUGACUGUUACGUCGCUGAAAUCUCGACUGGCACCGACCAUUCACACAGCCAUGUCCGCCGCGGUUGAUGCUCUUCUGGGUGAAGUGGUGAUAGUGCUGAAUGAGACCCAACUGGAGCUGGUGCACAAGGAGGAGGAGAAUGAAAGGCUGAAAGUUCGUCUGGAGGUGUCUGAGAGGGAACUAAAGACUUUACAGGACUGUCUGAGCAGUGCGCAGAAACUCAUAGAUCAACUACAGAUCUCUUAUUCUGGUGCACAUGUGGUCAGCCAGUCUGUUUUUGCACCUUCACUGUCCUCCAUGACCUCACUGGCUUCAAGCAUGGAGCGGGACCCCCAGAAUCCACGGAUUGUGAGCGGACCAGACCUGGGGCUUGGAGGCUCAGUCACUGAGUCUCUGCAGGGGUUUGGCCCAAAUAAUGAUUACAAAAUGUGCCAGCUUUCAAUUCAGCCUGAUGGAUCUGUGACCAAUCAUAGCCUGGAUUCGUUUGGAUCAAAUACUUCUCAUGUGUGCUCCAACUCCAGAUCUGAUGAGAGCCAGUCCCAAGGACUAGGAUUAGCACAUCGAUUUGAGAUAAAGGAAGAGCAGAGACCAGUGCCAGCAUCAGUGCAGUCUAACAGGAAAGAGGCCAGUGGGGAAGGUGAACAGAGAAAUCCAGAACAUGGCUUCAUCCAAACUGGAGGAGAAGGAGCCUCCCAGCGCUCCUUUCCUCAGCCCCUGCGUCUCCAAAGAUCUGUGCGGGACUGUAAUGCUGCCAUGCCACCUGGUGGGCUCAGUGACCAGAAAAUGGUAUCAGGAACUUCAGUGGGGUCCAGCCUGUCUCCAGGUCGAGCAGAGGACACAGCUGGACCUUCAGGAGUGGGCGUAGGAGUGGGACCCUCAGCUGACCGGCCGCACCACUGCUUAGAGUGUGGCAAGACUUUCCGUCUGAUCUCCAGUCUGAAAAAACACAUUCGUAUCCACACAGGGGAGAAGCCGUACCCGUGCGGUGUGUGUGGGCGGCGGUUCCGUGAGUCUGGAGCUCUGAAGACUCACUUGCGCAUCCACACAGGAGAGAAGCCCUACUCCUGCUCUGAGUGUGGCACCUGCUUCAGGCACCUGGAUGGUCUGCGCAAGCACCGCCGCACACACACCGGAGAGAAGCCCUACGUUUGCGGCAUCUGCGGCAAACGCCUGAGCCGACUGCAGCACCUCAAGCACCACCAGCUCAUCCACACGGGUGAACGGCCCUGCUGCUGCCCCUUCUGUAACCGUACCUUUAAGGAGCCUGCUGCGCUCCGCAAACAUGUCCGAACACACAGAGACAUGGGCAUUGGUACCAACGAGGACCAACAAGAACCCAUAGAUGACAUGAACAACCUUCAUCCUGCUGCCCCCUCCCCUCAGAUGAGGUUUGAGGAGUGGGGAGCAGAGGAGGAGGACAAUACAGUGGUGGACUGUGUUUAGCAAUCUUUGAAAUGGUAAACAAACAAUACAUUACAGCAUUAUGGGUGAACCUGUUUUAGGGUUUACUUUGCAUCCUUCUGUGUGGAACUAUAUUUGUUACUAUAAAUCUAUUUCCAAUACUGUACUGCAAAUUCCAGCUAUCUUAAAUUGAUAAGCUUUUUCAACGGCAAAACAAAAACAUUGCCAAAGUUGUAUAUAAGUAAUAUUUGUUUUUGUUUUCAGCAUCGAUUAUGCAUUAUGAUGGGAAGCAACAGCUCUCUUUAUUGAAUGACAAAUGACCAUAAUUAAUUCAAAAGUACCUUUUUAAAUCCUUAGUAUUAAGUGCCUGAUAAUGCACUCGUCUGUUACAGGGUUGUAAAUGCACAAUGGUUUUAGCCAAAUAUUUCAUAUUUGCACAUGUAGGAAUCUAUCUAAAAUCUAUACAAAUGGAGUGCUAAUACCCUUUGUUUAUGUAGUUUUGGAGAGAGUUGUUAUUUCACAGUAACCACAAUGGGUUACUUGUGAUGGUUGUAUUAAUCAGCCUCACCACUAGAUGUCCCUAAAUACUUAAUUGCAUCUUUUAACUUGCUUCAUAAGGGAAGAUUAGAACAAAAGAUUAUGGCACUUUUAAUGUGCUAUUUUUGUUUUCUGAACUAACUAUUCACAUCAUCUUAUUUUUAAUCAUUUUCACAUUCCACAGUAGUCUACUUUUGUGUGUUAUUAACUACGUAAACAUAACUUCCUAAACAUCAGUGGCUGUUAAUAAUAUUAAUGUAUUUUAUAUAUGUGGUCAAAACAUUCUUUUUAGGCGUUAAUAUAUACAGUAACUCUUUCAUAAUCACUUAGUAGAACUUAAAAUCUACAAAUGGCACUGAACUGUAGAUUAUUAAUGUAUGUUGUGACUUCUCUGUCUUGUCUGCAGUGCUGCAUGUUCCAUCAUUUCUCAGUCUGUUUAUGUGAAAUGUAUCUUUUUUAUAUGCUUCACUAUUAAAUACCGUGUUCUCUUUG